AGUGGGGUGCAGUGCAGUCAAAGCUGGCAUUGCAUUUAUCUGUCUCUCUCUCUCUCUCUCUCUCUCGCUCUCUGACUCUGAACUGUAUUUCCAUUUUCUUUUCCACUCGAUUCAGGCCUGUUCGAAUCUAUUCUGGAGAUUUUUAUAAUAACAUUUCUUUAACUAUUAAGUCAUAGGGCUCUAAUGAGAGGCAGACUAUAGUUUAGAACUACUGAAGUUAGUUUUUAGUUCUAAAACUCUCUCAUAUAAGGUAUCCUAAAAUUUAAACUUAGGAGUGUUUAUAUAAGCAGACGAUAAGUACGCCGAGUGGCGAUAGAUUUCAGAGCUACUACUUGCCCCGCCGUAUAGGAGUAUAUAAUAACCUCCUCUCUCUUCUCCCCAUCUCGCCUUCGAUUGCCCUUCCGGCCAUCCUACCUCCUACCCUCUCCACCUCUCCUCCCACCCCUCCCCUCCCCUUCCGUGUCCUCCCCUCGCCUGGGGAUCGAUUCAGGCUACGCGUGGGGUUGCGUCCAUUGAUGCGAGGGAGGCAAUGGCGGUGUCCUCGCCUUCUUCUGCUCCGGAGAAGAAGAGGAAGUGGCUGCUCAGCAACAGGAAGGUGACCGACAAGUACCUGCGUGAGGCGAGGAAGAUUCUUGCGGCGGCGCCAGAGUGUGGCGGCGGUGACGCGGUGGCGGCGCUCGGCCUGGUCGACGCGGCGCUGGAGCUGUCGCCGCGGAUGGAGGCCGCCCUGGAGCUGCGGGCGCGCGCGCUCCUCGCGCUGCGUCGCUACAGGGAGGUCGCGGAGAUGCUCCGCGAUUACAUCCCCAGCUGCGGCAAGUCGUGCUCUGGCGAGGACACCUCCUCGUCCUCGUCGGCGUCCCUCUUGUCCACUGGCUCCGGUGAUCUCGGCACGAUCUCCCGCGCCAAGCUCCUCUCGCCCGACCGCCACCGCUCCGACGACGCGGAACCUGACGCCCGCCCCGUCCGCUCCUUCCGCUGCUUCGACAUCUCCGAGCUCAAGCGCCGCGUCCUUGCCGGCCUCUCCAAGAACCCGAACACCGAUACCCAGUGGAGGUACUUGGUCCUCGGCCAAGCUUGCUUCCACCUCGGCCUCAUCGAGGACGCUAUGGUGCUGCUGCAGACCGGCCGCCGCCUCGCUUCGGCGGCGUUCCGCCGCGAGAGCGUGUGCUGGUCGGACGACAGCUUCUCGUCGUCGUCGUCGUCCUCCGCGACCGCCGCGGCUCCCUGCGUCCCGUCCGGCAAGACAUCCAGCUCCGGUUGGGCGUUCAUAAUCCCGGCGACGGAGUCGGAGGCUGUGUCCCAGCUCCUGGCGCACGUGAAGCUCCUGCUCCGGCGCCGCGCGGCUGCCAUGGCCGCGCUGGACGCUGGCCUCCCGGCCGAGGCCGUGCGCCAUUUCUCCAAGAUCCUCGAGGCGCGCCGUGGCGUGCUGCCGCACCCGUUCGCCGCCGCGUGCCUCGUGGGCCGCGCCGCCGCGUUCCAGGCCAGCGGGCGUCCGGCCGACGCCAUCGCGGACUGCAACCGCGCGCUCGCUCUGGACCCUGCCUACAUCCCGGCGCUCCGCGCCCGCGCCGACCUCCUGCAGUCCGUGGGCGCGCUCGCGGACUGCCUGCGUGACCUGGACCACCUCAAGCUCCUGUACGACGCCGCGCUACGCGACGGCAAGCUCCCGGGGCCCCGGUGGCGGCCGCAGGGCGGCGUGCGGUACCGCGAGAUCUCCGGCGCGCACCGCAAGCUGACGGCCCGCAUCCAGGGGCUGCGCGGCCGCGUCGCCGCCGGCGAGGCGUGCAACAUCGACUACUACCUGCUGCUUGGCGUGCGGCGCGGGUGCACGCGGUCCGAGCUGGAGCGCGCGCACCUGCUGCUCUCCCUGAAGCUCAAGCCCGACCGCGCCGUGGUGUUCGGGGAACGCCUGGAGCUCGUGGACGAGCACCGCGACCUGGAGGCGGUGCGUGACCAGGCGCGCAUGUCCGCGCUGCUGCUGUACAGGAUGCUGCAGAAGGGGUACUCGUUCGUCAUGUCAGCCGUUCUGGACGAGGAGGCCGCCGAGAGGCAGAGGGCAAAGGACGCCGCGGCCGCGGCCGCGGCCGCAGCUGCCGCGCUGGCGGCCAAGCAGGAAGCUCCGAAGCAGGAACCACCGCCGCCGGUGCCUGAGAAAUCCGAGAACACGGAGAGCGGCCGUCCAAGAAGCCCGCCACCGCCAGGGCGCGCGCAGACGGCGAAACCGAAACCGAAGCCCAAGGCCAAGGCCGCGACCACCACGGCGACAAUGCCCAAGGCGGCGGCGGCCGUGACGUCUACGGCCCCUGUUUACCAGGGGGUGUUCUGCCGCGACAUGGCGGUGGUGGGAACCCUGCUGUCCCGCGGCGGCGGGUUCGACCGCGCUCUCCCGGUGAAGUGCGAGGCAAUGAGCUGCUGACGAAACGUGACAUGUGCGACGUGGCGUGCAAGGACAGGCGCAACGUGAGAUCCAGCGAGGUGGCGGGAACGCGGUGAUGUGUUUGAAUUGUUUGGUCGUCCAGCUCGCUGUGGUACUGUACAGCUGGGGGGGAAGUGAACAGGUGGUAUUGGCAUUUGGUAUUGGGUGGGAGUGGGACUGACGGAGGGGAGAAAGGAAAAUGGCGAGUUUUAAGAGGACGGUAAUUUUGGCUGCAUCUUCAUGAAUGAGUUGUUACAUUGCAGUGCUUCUAGUCGUGCCCUUGUACAUCGCCGUCGCUGCCUCGUGCUUGCAGGUUUCACGCUGAAACCUGCUCCGGCUACUGCUGCUGGUCUGUACUGUACAGUCGUUGAUUGUUUUUGCACCAAAAUGCAAGAUCAGAUUCUGCACCCAGCCCCAUGAACA